UCAGCGUCGCCCAGCGAUGGCCGGUGUGUUAUGCCUGUGUGGGCUGCUCAGGCUGUUGACUUCCUUGGUUAUGCCAGGACUUGUCAUAAUCAUAACUUUGUGCCUCCUCAUUGUCACCCUUAUAUAUGGUCUGCACUUGUGGAUUCAACAUAAGAAAAAACAAAACGUGGAAUUAGACAAAGAUGGAAAGAAGAAAACAGUGGUGGCAUUUUUCCACCCAUAUUGCAACGCAGGAGGUGGAGGGGAGAGAGUUCUUUGGUGUGCGCUGAGAGCUUUGCAGAAAAGGUAUAAAGAUGCCAGUUUUGUUGUUUACACUGGUGAUAAAGAUGCCACUGAAGAACAGAUUCUGAAUAGGGCCUUUGGACGAUUCAACAUCAAACUAACCAAUUCUGUAAAAUUCAUAUUUUUGGAAAAACGUGAGUUUGUGGAAGCAAGCCGAUAUCCUCAUUUUACAUUGUUGGGCCAAAGUCUCGGUUCCAUUAUUCUAGGAUGGGAGGCUCUGAUGAAGUGCGUACCAGAUAUUUAUAUUGACUCUAUGGGAUAUGCAUUUACUUUACCGCUUUUCAAGUAUCUUGGAGGCUGUAGAGUUGGAUGUUAUGUGCAUUAUCCAACUAUCAGUACAGAUAUGCUGUCUGUGGUUCGUAGCCAACAUGCAAGGUUUAACAACUCUGCUUAUAUUACUAAUAAUCCUGUCCUAAGCAGGCUUAAGUUAAUAUACUACAAUCUUUUUGCAGUAUUGUAUAGAUGGGUUGGCUCGUGUAGUGAUGUAAUAAUGGUAAACUCUACCUGGACUUUUAACCACAUACUUAAUUUGUGGAAAUGCAGUGAGUGCACAAACAUAGUGUAUCCACCAUGUGAUGUACAAACCUUUUUAGAUAUCAAAUUAGACCAAGAGCAGGGAAGAAGGGACCAUUCCAUUGUUUCAGUUGGCCAGUUCAGGCCUGAAAAAGACCAUUCACUUCAGAUCCGGGCGUUUAAGAAACUGUUGGCCAAGAAGACAUCCGAAGAAACCUCAAAGCUGAAGCUUAUCCUUAUUGGUGGAUGUCGUAACAAAGAAGAUGACGAUCGUGUGUCUGAACUGAAAAAACUUAGUUUGGAACUUGGUGUCCCUGUGGAAUUUAAAGUGAACAUCCCUUUUGAAGAUCUCAAGAAGUGUCUGAGUGAUGCUACCAUUGGGUUACACACCAUGUGGAACGAGCACUUUGGAAUUGGAGUAGUUGAAUGCAUGGCAGCCGGGACAAUCAUUCUCGCCCACAAUUCAGGAGGUCCUAAGAUGGACAUUGUAAUACCUUUUGAAAGCCAAAAAACUGGGUUCUUGGCAGAUAGUGAGGAUAGCUAUGCUUCGGUUAUGGACCAAAUCAUGUCCCUGUCUCCAGAAGAAAGACUGAAAAUAAGACAAAAUGCUCGCCGUUCUGUCACCAGAUUCUCAGACCGCGAGUUUGAAACAAAUUUCCUGUCUGCUGCAGAGCAUCUGUUUAAAUAAUUGACUAGAGGUUGUUGGGUUUUGUAUAUAUUGCAAAAACAAAUGGAGUAAAAUAUUUUUGUUAUUGGACUCAUGGUACUUCUAGUGUAUAAAUUAAUAAUUUGUAAAUACUGUAUGUAACAGCCAAGGCUAUUAUAAAUUAAUCUGCUAGAAUGUUACAGAAGUGCAAUAUUGGUAAAAAUGUCAGAAUGUUGUGAAAAGCUAACUUUAUUUUUUUUCGGCAAACAUUUGUGUAAAAUAGCAUUUCAGCUUUAGAUGUUUAUAUGAUGCAGUCACGUUGGAAACCAGUGGAAUGUUCCUGCUAAUUCAGUAAUUUGCUCACAAAUUGCAGUAUGUCUGUAAAACCUAUACUCUACAUUGUACAGUAAUAAGAUAUAUUUAACUGCUAACCAAACCUCAAAAUAUGUUUUGAGUAAUUAGUAGGACCAUGUAGAAAGAGAAGACUUUACAAUCAUAUCCAUUUACUUGAAUGUUUAACUUUGGAUGGUUUAUAAGAGUUAUCCCAAGGUAUUACUGUGC